AUGUCCAUCUGCCUCGUGCUAGCGAUUGAUAACACCAUUCUCUCGACGGCGAUACCCCACAUCACCAGCGACUUCCACAGCCUCAACGAUAUCGGGUGGUAUGGCUCUUCCUAUCUGAUCGCGCAGAUGGCACUGUUGCCAACCUGUGGUCGCCUGUAUGCGUUCUAUAACAUCAAGUGGGUGUACUGCAUCUCGCUUGCCGUCUUCGAAAUCGGCUCCAUCAUCGCGGCCGUCGCCCCAAAUUCUGUGGCACUUAUCAUAGGGCGAGCAGUCUCUGGUCUCGGUGCUGCGGGCUUGGUGAGCGGAACAACAACUAUUUUAUCGUAUUGCGUGUUCCUGAAAAAGCAGGCAAUGCUGUCGCCUAUUGUGUUGGGCAUGUAUAACAUUGGAUCGGCGGUUGGACCACUCGUGGGUGGUUCGAUAACCGACAACAAGAAGCUAACCUGGCGAUUUAUUUUCUGGAUCAAUCUCCCUUUCGGGGCUAUUGGGCUAGUAUUGGUCUGGUUCACCUUGAAGAAACCUCCACCUGCAGUAAAGGGGGACCUACCCUGGAAGCAGAAGCUACGCCAACUUGACCUUCCGGGGGCUACUCUGCUACUCGGUGCGACAUCAUGUUUGAACUUAGCAUUGCAAUGGGGUGGCAUUAGCUAUCCAUGGUCUGAUUCCAAGGUGUUCGGGUGCCUGAUCGGAUUCGGUCUACUCCUGAUUUCCUUCUUGUACUUGCAAUUCCGGGGCAAAGAAAAUUCGAAUAUCCCUCUCUAUAUCUUCCGAAGUCGUACCUUUUCAAUAUCAUGCGGCUUCAUGAUGCUCGUUCAGGUGGCCGUAGUAGUGCAAUCAUACUUCUGGCCUAUAUACUUCCAGUCAGUCAAGGGCACUAACGCCAGAGACUCGGGGAUCAAUCUUCUUCCCUUGAUUGUGUCAAACAGCCUUGGUACCCUCUGCGCAGGCUCUGUAGCAUCGAGAUUCGGACACUAUGUACCAUUCAUGUGGGUUGGACCUCUCUUUUUGGCUGCCGGAGGGGGUCUCUAUCAACUUGUGCGCCCGGACAGUCCGCGAGGACAGUGGAUUGGUUUCCAAAUUCUGUCUGGGCUUGGUUACGGCAGCUGUAGCCAAAUGCCACUUUUGGCGGUGCAGGUUGUGCUCAACAAAUCAGAUAUACCGACAGGUCUCGUCAUGAUCAUGUUUUUCCAGAUGCUCGGGGGCGCGCUAGCUCCUAGUGUUGGGCAGAACCUCUUCACGGAUGGCCUUCUGCAGAACCUCAGCAAGGUGCGGGGAAUAGAUAGUGCAGCCGUGGUGGCGGCCGGUGCGAGCGGUUUCAGAGCGGUCGUUCCUCCCGAGCUGAUGAACGCCGUCAUCAGUGCAUUUAAUGCAGCACUGAAGAAUGUUUUCUGGGUGGCACUCGCCACUCCAGCCCUUGCAUGGAUCACGAGCUGGGCAAUGGAGUGGAAGCAACUGCCUGACACAAGCAAAGAGAAGGUGAAUCAAGUGCCAGCCGAGAAGACCGAGGUGGGCGAGGUCGGGGCAGAACUAGCUUGA